GACCGCUGGACGUAAACUAAACCAAUCAUGAACUUUAUCAUCAUAUUAUCUGCGCAUUCUAAGCCUGAGAUUAGCUAGGCAAGGUUGACCAAAGAGGUGUGAAAAUUUCAUGCAGUAAGAGAGUGUGGACUUGAGGCGCAAGCUGUAGGGAUAUGGCUUUCAGGGUAGCCACACCAAGGAGCUGCUGGGGCAACGGAAAAAGCGUAGGACCCACAUCCGGCUUCCAUAACUUUGCUCACGCCAUUGCACAACCAAUUCCAUUGGACAUCAUCAUCUUCGGCAAUCCCAUAGCGCCAAUAAAGGCCCAGUCUGCAAAUCAAGAAAGGAUUGAAGGGAACAUUGCUUACAGAUUCCAAGAUAUCACUUUCUUCAAUGGGUCUAUGGAACUA